GAUGGCGCCGAGGCGUUAGGAGGCCUUGCGACUUGCGGGAGUAGUCGCCAACGGCACCACGGACCGCGGACGAAACGUCGCUCGUCUGAUCGAGGACGCCAGUGGGACCCGACCCGCAACGCCCGAGGUGGUGAUGGGCUGUCUCCUUCCUCUUUUCAUAACAAGAGUUCUACUUCAGUAGAGAAAGAAAAACAAACAGAACAAAAUAAAAUAAGAAUAAAAUACACAUCCAAACACACGCACACAUGUAUAUAAUUCACUAACCAUUGAUAAUAUACCCCAAUCACUGCAUCUAGACUACUAUCUAAUAUACAGCUAUAUAAUAUAUUCAACUGUUACAAUAUACGUGUAAUAUAGACCAUAAACCGUUCAAUCUAUACAGCAAUCUAUACACAUAUGUGUAUAUACUAUUCUGUGUGACAAUCGAACGUAUAAAAAUUGCGCAUUAUUCACUAUGUACGGUUCGUCCCGUAUAAUAAUACAUUACACUAAUCGAAUAUAAAAGCCUGAAAGAAGAACGUACGACAUCGCAUGUAAAUAAAGCAUCGGCCGGAAAUCCGUUGAGCUGCGCGGGAAUAAAUUAUCAUCUAGUCAAAGAAAAAAAAAACAAAUAUUAUAUCAAAUACGGGGAAAGAUUUAUCCGCGUGUUGGAGAAAAAAAGAAAAACAGAAGAAAAGAAGAAGCAGAGAAAUACAAAUGUAGAACCAUAAAACAGAACAGAGAUCCCAGUCGACGAUAGGAAGAUCGAGAUAUACGAAAAAGCUAAUCACCGCCGUUGGCUCAUUGACUUUCAAUAAAAUGUUUGAAUAAUUCUUGGAGGGUAGACGAUAUGUGUAUACAUAAAAUAUACAUAUAACGCCAUGCGCGUAUGAGGCAAAAAAUAAAGGUCAAUAGUCAAGAGUCAAGGGCCACGACCUAGAGGUGUGUACACAACGCAAGUUUAGCCAGGAGACACGGAUCAACGAAACUCUCGAAGGAGACGGCGGAGGGUUCAAGAGACGAGAGGGAGUCGAGGAGCUAGCGGAGAUGGAUAUUGAUUGAGAACGGGCACGCUUGCGCGAGGAGGAGGACUAAGCGGGAACGGGAACAGGAAUGGGAAUGGAAAUAGGUAGGUCAGAAUCCGGCACCGGGUGCGGAUGAGUAGCGGGAGACCUGAAUGGCAAUAACGGCGGCGACGGCGGCGACUUCAGGAAGAGAGGUCCUACUCCAGGACUCCAGGAACACAGUGCAGUCAACGGUACCGGAUGAACCGGCUGUCGUCGAGCCGAGUAGAAGAGGACGACCCGGUUCCCGCGCGUCGGAGGAUCGAUCCUAGAGCGGUUCUCCGGCUCUCAUCUAUGAAGAGGAACGAUUUUGUUCGCAGAGGAGAUUCAAACGAUCGCGCAGGAAAUGUUUUCACCCUCCAUGGAGACUGCAGAGAAUUGUCGGUGUCACUUGAGUAUGAAUCAACUAUGUACAAUUAUUUAACGUGAACAGUACGCUGCAUGUGUUAAAACAUACACAUACGCACACGCACGUCGAUGUGUUCCGAAAUAUGGAGCGGAAUUUUUUCUUUGAAAUAAUAUACAAGGAAUGCGUCCCGACGGUAGAUAACGAAAACGCUGGACGUAUACACGUAUUAUACACUGAACAUCGCGGUUGCUGAUAACGGCUACACACUUUUCCCCUGCAACGGUGUUUGAAGAACACGCCGUUGAUAAAAGAUAAUAUACCUGUAGCACCGUUUUUCAUUUAUUUUUUCAUUCCACUUCUUACCUGCACACCACGUGUAUUGUCACGUACUACAAAAUCUCGUGCCAGUUCGAAGCGAGACGCGAUCUCCGCACACCCGUAACGCGACUUCAUAUAUGCUUUCGUUUACCAUCAAGUUUGUUUUUCCCUCCGAUUUAUUAUAUGUAGUUUUUCCGUCAGUUCUGGAUUAUUAUUCAACCGAGUUGUCGAUCAGUUCACCGGAGUGUCAGCGAGAUGGCGAAAAAAAUUAUUCAUCUGUUGUACCUUGAUCGAUGAAUGUUAUUAUGAUCGAGAAAUUCGAAGGAGACUUUUUCGCACUUUGACCCAACAUGACGAACAUCCACCGACCCACGAUCGAAAUUUUUCCGCACAUGGAGUCGUCCAGGGAUGCGGACGAGGUUCACCUGACCGAACUACUUCCCGUCAAACAGUUGUCGAUAUGCCGAAAAAACGACGACGACAAGGAAGAUACCGUCGCCGACGCCUUCAAAGCACUGCGAGAAAGGAACAAACACGAUUUUUCUAUCGGGAGGAAUGAGUUCUGCGCUACCGAUGACGACGAUGAGUUUGACGAAGGAGUAAACAACGUUGAUGAUUCCUUGGACGAAUAUAAUCCGAAAAUCACCGACGAGAUUAACGUCGAUCAGUGCAGUGAUGGAAAGAGGAACACCUUGAAACGGAAAAGCAAUAGAGUGUUUAAAAAGCGUAUGAAGUUUCUGAAGAAGAAUCAGUUAGAGUCACAGAAAAAAGGAAAGCAUGAAAAGAACGAAAUCAUCAAGUCAAAUGGUUUGAAUAAUGUCCUCGACCGCGACGAGCUUGACGGAUCUGAUUUUUGCAAUAAAAGCACCGUUUCCCAUGUGAAUUCCAGACUUUCUCCCAUCGCCCAGGACCUCGAUAAGAACGGAACUCUUCCUGACGAGGUCUACGUUUUUCAUCAAGACAAAAACGGCGCCGAGGUAAUCAACGCAAAAGCGUCGGAAUCAUUAAAGAGGAAGUGUUCAAAUUCAAAUUCAAAGAUCCGAUUGAACGGAACGACGAGCAAUCGUACAACAGGAAGGAAUAACAAAGCCAAAGGAGAAGUGACCAUGAAAGAACGGUCAAAGAUAAGCGAUGAGAGCCUUCGAGAAAAGAUAGACGCGAUAAUACAGGCGAACUCGGUAAUGGAAGGUAACAAGAACAACAAUACGUCGCGUGAAAAUCGUAACAAUAAGUUGCAGAAUGAGGCACAUAUUCAUGGUCUAUCCGACAUUUCGGAAUCGGAAAUACGUCAUAAUUCGGGUGAGGAGGAAUCGUCUUUGAUAAAGAAACACCGUUGCGCGAUUUGCAGUGCCAGAUUCAAGGGUAGCGGUGGUCUGAGGACCCAUUACAAGGUGGUUCACGCCGGUGGACCAAUGUUCACGUGCAACGAAUGCGGCAAGGAGUUCCCCCUGAAGGAGAGGCUAAAGCUUCACGUGAGGACGCACACUGGUUACAAGCCGUACAAGUGCACUGACUGCGAGAAGAGCUUUGCUCGGGGCGGUCAGCUCGUUCAACACCGUCGCACUCACACCCAGGUGAAACCAUACCGUUGCGUUUUGUGCCCGGGUACCUUUUCCUGCGCAGCGAACCUCGCAUUGCACGUGAAACGACACAACGGGCAGAAGGAUCACAAAUGCGAAAUAUGCGGACGAGCCUUUGUACGCCGGGACGCCCUCAAAAAGCACCUCGAGUGUCUCCACAAGGACGUCAAGUCCUUCUUAUGCGUCAUAUGCAACAAGACGUUCAAGGGUCACCUCCCCCAGCACAUGAGGACUCACGCCCAGGACAGACCUCACGGGUGCGGAACCUGCGGUCAGCGGUUCGCCCAGAAGUCCCAGCUCACCGUACAUCAGCGAACCCAUUCGGGACAGCGGCCAUUUCGGUGCCUCGUUUGCUGGCAGGCAUUCGCACACUCGACUGCCCUGAAGCUUCACACGAGGAGACACACUGGGGAGAGACCGUUCAAGUGCGCCGAGUGCAGUGCCGGCUUCACGCAGCUUCCACAUUGGAAGAAGCACAUGAGAUGCGUCCAUGGGAGGACCGAUCCGUACUGCUGCAAGAACUGCAACACCUUUUUCAGGAUAAAGAACGACCUGGAGACGCAUGAGAAGUCUUGUCACGUUGGGGAAACGCCGGCGAUUGAUGCUGAUCCUGAGAACCGGACCGGGCGUCCGAUGGUACCGAAAUACCGGAUUAUGACUGUUGAAAAGAUGAGACUGCUUUUAGCCGUUCUGUUCAAGCGUAUCUCGAAACCCGAACGACUCGACGAACUCGGAUUUGGCAAACGGCUUAUAGACGAGGUAUUGAAGGACUCCCUCAUAUCCGCUGGCAAGGAACCCGCUCAGGGUUCCGACGACGCCAACGAAUUUGAUAUCCUGAAGCAGAAUUUGGCCACGUUUUUGGAGUGGACCGUGCCCCCUGAGCAUUGGGAAACUUUCAAAAAAUUGAACAAAACACCCGAGGAGAUAUUAGAAACGCUUACCGUCAGCCAGUAGGUCUGUAGAAACGUUCCAGGGGAAUGUCAUAUUCUGAAAAGAAACCAAAUAAGCGAGUUUAAAAAAACUUCGCCUUCGAAACGAACUAAAGAAAUUUCCUAUAUACAAACAGGGUGAAAUUUCUCUCGGCUCACGUGAAUGAGGAGCUCCAUUCGGGUGAGACUUCAUUUUUUUGCAUUCAUACUCGUUUGCGUCACAGUAAUAAUGUGUGUUUAUCCAUCAAAUUACUGAUGUGUGCUGUAAGUGCGGAAGAAACAGAUAUGAAGAUUGAGACACCCGCCCGAUAAUCACACACAAUUAUUGCGACGCGAAUGAGUAUGAACAAAAGGAUUUAGAGCGUCAGCCGGAUUGGAGCUCCUCUCUCGUUCGACUCCGGAGAAGAUUCACUUUCAAUAACAAAUCCAUUAUCGUAAUGUCUAUAGGCUUAUUAUUGUGAUACCACAAUUCUUAUACAGUAGUGCCAUUAUUUGUCACUAUACAUCCUUGCCAUAUUUUACCAAUGAAAUAUAAAUUCGCCAUUUAUUAUUAUUAUUAUUUAACUUUACCUAUGACUCAAUGUAAGACUUGGAUAGCCACAAAAUAGGUGUCAGAAGCGAAAGAGAACUUCACUUUCGGUUAAUUUAAUUUUCGUUCCAUUUGUCAUUACCCAAAAUAAAUGUGUAUCAUUUCAAUCAAUACAUUACACAUACAUAUUAUAUUAUAUUAAAAAAAAGUUGCAGUCAAUGUUACCAAAAGACAGUUUUUCUUGUUUAAUUUCAAUUGCGAUAUUUUCUAUUGUAUUUUAUGCAUAAUUUUUUCUCUGUUAUUUUCAAUUCUAAGUCGUUGUCUACGAAUUGGGUAUAAGAACCGGCUAAGUUCGCACAUGAACGAAAUUUGUUAUUAUACGUUAAUUUAAAAUACAUAUAAUAUUUAACGCUUGCCAUAUAAAUAAUAUUGUAUAUUAUACACAUACAUAUUAUAAUUAUAUGUCUACAUAUUACACUUAUUAUAUAUAUGGGGGAUUGCACGUCAAUUCGACUAGGGUCUGACCCUCACCCUUUUGAAUUUGAUUCGCGAUUUUUCAUAUUGUUGUUCCAACUCUAAAAAGCAAUUUUUAUUGUUUUUUUUUAGAUUUUUCUAACCCUUCCCGACGCCCUCAGAGCACCUGAUCAUAUUCUGACACUGAUUGCGACAAUUUUGAAAAUUAUGAAAAAAAUUACAUCAAUUUUGUGGCCAAGACCAAAAAUAAUCCAACCAAAAUAGAAGACGACAGGUAAAACGGUAAUUUUUAAACUGAUUAAUUUUUUUUUUUUCAGUUAUUUUGAUUUUUGUUUUAGGAUUUCCAGCGCUCGUUAUAUCUUCCCUAAUACAACAACAAUCUGUAAAUUAUUAUUAAAAUUCAAAAUUGAAAAAUCAAAAUAACUAAAAAAACAUCAUUUUCAAUUUUCAAUUUUUUUUGAAUUUUAGUUGGAAUUUACAGAUUGUUGUUGUGUUAAGGAAGAUAUAUUGAAUCCUGUAUCUUCAAAAAAAAAAAAAAGAUGAAAACAAUUUAAAAAAAUGUAAUAAUUAGUUGAAAAAUGAAUAAAAAAUUACCGU